AUGCCUAGAUUGACGGGUCCUUCUGAGUGCCUAGGUUUAAAGUGUGUGAAGCUUGCUGUGUUGUUGUGUCUUGUUUGUGUGAUUAAGUUUACCCCUCGUCACCUAAGUGUGCUCACUAUGGAAAGGGAUCGAGUUGCUGGAUCUUGCAACUCCCCUCCCUAUUUUGACGGCAAUAACUAUGCUGCAUGGAGAGAAAAAUUUGAGAUAUUCCUUGAUGCUCUUGAUGAGUAUGCAAGUGGGUAUCUCACAAAAGAAUGGGUUGCUCCGGUCAAGACUGUUGAGGGUGAGGUUGUGCCCAAGCCUAGGUCAGAAUGGACUGAAGCUGAGGUGUUUGCUGCAUAUUCGAACAAGAAGGCCAGAAAUGCCUUAGUUACAGCUUUGUCUAGCACACAAUUUGCACAUAUACAACACAUCCCUAAUGCUAAACAAGCUUGGGAUAAACUAAGGGUGGUUCAUGAAGGGGAUGACCAAGUUAGAACCCUAAAACUUCAGAUGGUGCUUGCACAAUUUGAAGAACUUAGGAUGUCUGAAACUGAGUCUAUUUCUGAGUUCUAUGGAAGAGUUGAGAUGAUCACAAAUGAAGCCAUGAGUCUAGGUCAACCCAUUGAAGAGCUUCUUGUUGUUUAG